GGCGUUGCCAACACGCGUGGAGUUUUCUGAUGAUAGAGUAUAACAAGAUCCUGUUUUCUUUGCUUUCAUCAUUUCCGCUACAUAGUGAUAUUUGAAAGAAGCCUGUGUUUGGUAAAGAAUUUCAAGUCCCACCUAUUCCUAAACGUACAGACAAAAAGGAUCGGACGUAGGAAACGAAGAUGGAAAAGUGUCUUGAAUAUCUACCAAUAAAAAGCUUUCCCUGGUUUGAAAGUCUGAUGCUUAUUCUAUUUGGCGUAUUUGGCACUUUUGUAAUUGGUUUAUCAGUAAAUUCAGACAGUCAUAAUUCAUUUCAUUGUUUUAAUGAGAUUAUAUCAAAGACCAAAGAAACCUCUCUUAUGAAGAACAUUGAAUCAAGUUGUUGGAGACAAUACAAAAACGAUUUACUGUACAACCAGCCUAUUGUUCUGAUGGUGACCUUAAAUGUGAGUGUUGUCUUAGUUUUGAGUGUCGUCUAUGGAUAUUUUGUGAAGCAUGGAGUUAAAAGGUUUGAAAACGUUGAUCCAUCAGUUAACAGUGAUAGUGAUAGUGAAAAUUUAUUGGCACAAUAUCCUCAAGACGCUCAGUUCAGAAACGCUUCAUUUAAUGAUCGAUUUUGCCUUUAUUUAACAUACAUGUUUUAUUUAAUUAUUCGUCUUAUCAGUUUGAUCAUAUUUGUUGCCAUACUUUUCAAAGCAAAAUUUCCCAACAACUUCUCCUGUUCGCUGCAUGAAACGUCAAAAGAAGCUUUCACUUCGUUCAACGUCACAGUUCUCAACUGUAAAAAUGAUGGUGGGGAUAAAAGUGAAACCAUAUUCUAUGUUGUUGCAGCUGCUGAUGUUGUUUUGAUGAUACUGACAAUUUUUGAGUUAAUAUAUUUGGCUUAUAUGUUCUACAAUUUCAGAAUUUUUGCUUCAGAAAACGAAUUUUUCACGGUUUUCAUCUUGCAAAAACGUUGUGUGUUUCCAAAACGGUUGAAAAGAAUUAAAAAAACCUACAAAGAAUUUGAAAUAUUUGAAGACUUUGGUGGUGAUAAAAAGGACUGGCGCAAGCUUGACGAUAUUUAUGUGAACGUCAUAAUCCAAACAGAAAGGCAAAGUACGAACGCUUACCCAGAAACUUUUCGAAGGCAUGAAAUUUUUAAUUGUCAUUUCGACAUUCAAAGCAAUACCCAAAAGUUGACAAAAGUGACUGAAAUUUUUAAGCCAAUCAAGGGUGAGCAAGAGUUGUUAUAUCCACGUUCUAUUUUGGUUAUUGGUAGGCCUGGAAUUGGUAAAACUAUGUUAACAAACAAAAUAAUGCAUGAAUGGAAAAACAAUAAAGAUGAAUUUUGGCAUGACAAAAUAGUCUUGUUAUUGCGAUGUCGUGCUCUAAAAACUGGAUCAAUAACACUUAAAAACAUGUUAAUUGAUUGCGAUGGAUUCUCAUGCAAGCUGUUUCCUCAAAUUUACGAAGAUAUACUUAAUUAUCCAGAAAAAGCUGUCUUUAUCAUUGAUGGUCUUGAUGAAUUGUCUAUAGAAAAUGAAGGUGGAAGUACCGCUGGCCCUGUAAAACAUGAUGCUAAAAUGCCAGCAUUUCAAAUUUUAAGUAUGUUAGUAAAAGGAGAUCUGCUACAUGGUAGCACUGUUCUUAUAACAUCACGACCUACAGCAGAACAUGCGUUUGAAAAGCUAAAAUUUCGCAGGACUAUCGAAAUUUUGGGCUUUUUUGAAGAUCAGAUGAAGGAAUAUGUCGACAAAUUUUGCCAGGAAGAUAAGAGUAGCAGAGAUUUGAUUUUGAAUUGUAUCGAUAGUUCUAAUGAAAUUCGUAGCUUGUGUUAUAUCCCCGUCAAUGCAUACAUUGUCUGUCUGACCCUAAAAGAAUGCUUUAUAAAUGAUGCAAAAUUUAUUCCAAAAACUACCACUGAAUUGUACAAAAGAGCAGUCAAGAUCUUAAUUUGGAAACACCAUCCACGUUGUAAAGAUGGAUCAAUACCAAAAACUAACAAAGGAUAUCUGGUCAAAGAUUUGCCGAAAGAACUUGACAAUGACAUGACGAUAAUGAAAAAUAUUGCAAAAAAAGGAAUUGAGACAGGGAGUUUGAUUUUUGAUGAACCAAAUUUAGCAGAUAAUAAAAAUUUAGCCAAUUGCGGCUUUUUUCAUCAAUUACCAGAUAAACAACGUGAUCUUUAUUGUUUUCUACAUUUGACUCUUCAAGAAUUUCUUACUGCAUGGUGUGUUGUUGACGAUUGGCGAAACAUUGAAAAGUUUUUGGAUGAUCAUGCUGAAGAUCCAAAAUGGUAUAUGGUGGUGGAGUUUAUUGCUGGUUUAGUCGGAGAUACAAAGAAAAGAGGAAAGAUUAAAGACAUCAGUGUUGUUACAAACAGGUUAAAAAGUUGGAUCUCACAUUUAUUUUUCUCAGAGGGUAAUAAAGCACUUGGUUUUCUUGGAAUGAAGUGCUUAUACGAAUUACAAGACGACGAUGAGAUGAGAUCAGCUUGCGAGUCAAAUAAUUUUUCUGAAACAAUAUCCAUUGAUAACGUUUCUUUCACGCCUCUUGAUUCAAACGCCUUCUUUGAAUUUCUCUCUGAAUGCCGACAAUUAAGAAAACUCGCGUUUUUUUCAUGCCAAUUUCCUGAUAAUCAUAGCGUCGUUAGAUUGUCAAAAUACUUGUCAAAAGUUAAAGCAUGCAAUGUAGUCUCUUUGAAAAUUAAUUCAUGUCGUGUUAAUGAUAUAUCAAAACAUCUUAGUGAAGCUUUAAAAAGCGAAAAUUGUAAACUUAGUGAAUUGGAAAUUAGGAAAAACAAUUUAGGUAAAGAAGGUGCUAAAUAUCUUAGUGAAGCUUUAAAAAGUAAAAACUGUAAACUAAGUGAAUUGGAUAUUCGUUUUAAUAAACUUAAAGAUCCAGGGGCUAAUUUGCUUAUUCAAGCUACGAAAGAUGAGAACUGUAAACUUACUAAAUUAAAGAUUUGUGGCAACAAUAUAAGUAAACAAAGUGCUAAAUCUUUUACUGAAGCUUUAAAAAGUCAAAAUUGUAAACUUACUGAACUUGAUAUUCACUUUCACACUUAUGCCAAUAAAAAUACAGAAACACUAAGCCAAGCUUUAAAAAGUGAGAAUUGUAAAUACGUUGAACUCUUUAUUCUUGAAAGCUUUCUAACUGCGAAAGAGGCUGAAUGUUUUAGCGAAGCUUUAAAAAGUAAGACUUGUAAACUUAUUAAACUGGAUGUUAGUAAUACUAAAUUAGCAGCUGAAGGUGUCAAGUAUCUUAGUGAAGCUUUGAAAAGUGAGAAUUGUAAGCUUACUGAAUUGGUUCUUAAUAGAAACAAUAUAGAUUAUGAGGGUGCAAAAUCUCUUAGUGAAGCUUUGAAAAGUGAGAAUUGUAAGCUUACUAAAUUGUCUCUUUUUUAUAACAAUAUAGGUGAUGAAGGUGCAAAAUCUAUUAGUGAAGCUUUGAAAAGUGAGAAUUGUAAGCUUACUGAAUUAGAUCUUUCUUCUAACAAAUUAGGUGAUGAGGGUGCAAAAUCUCUUAGUGAAGCUUUGAAAAGUGAGAAUUGUAAGUCCACUGACUUGAAUCUUAGUGGUAACAAUUUGGGUGAUGAGGGUGCAAAUUCUCUUAGCAAAGCCUUGAAAAGUGAGAAUUGUAAGCUUACUGAAUUGGAUCUUUCUUUUAACAAAAUAGGUGAUGAGGGUGCAAAAUCUCUUAGUGAAGCUUUGAAAAGUGAGAAUUGUAAGCUUACUGAAUUGGAUCUUUCUUUGAACAAUUUAGGUGAUAAGGGUGCAAAAUCUCUUAGUGAAGCUUUGAAAAGUGAGAAUAGUAAGCUUACUAAAUUGACUAUUUAUCUCAACAAUAUAAGUGAUGAAGGUGCAAAAUCUCUAGGUGAAGCUUUGGAAAGUGAGAAUUGUAAGCUCACUAAAUUGAAACUUUCUGGUAACAAUUUUGGUCAUGAGGGUGCACAAUCUCUUAGUGAAGCUUUGAGAAGGGAAAAUUGUAAGCUUACUGAAUUGGAUCUUUCUUUAAACAAAAUAGGUGAUGAGGGUGCAAAAUCUCUUAGUGAAGCUUUAAAAAGUGAGAAUUGUAAACUUACUAGUUUAAAUCUUAAUAGCAACCAAAUAGGAGAAGAGGCAAAAUUUCUUAGUGAAGCUUUGAAAAGUGAAAAUUGUAAGCUUACUGAAUUGGAUCUUUCUCAUAACAGUAUAGGUGAAGAAGGUGCAAAAUCUCUUAGUGAAGCUUUGAAAAGUGAGAAUUGUAAACUUACUGAAUUGGGUCUUUCUUAUAGCAAUAUAGGUGAUGGAGGUGCAAAAUCUCUUAGUGAAGCUUUGAAAAGUGAGAAUUUUAAGCUUACUGAAUUGGCUCUUAUUAGAAACAAUAUAGGUGAUGAGGGUGCAAAAUCUCUUAGUGAAGCUUUGAAAACUGAGAAUUGUAAACUUAGUAAAUUGUCUCUUUCUGGUAACAAUAUAGGUGGUGGAGGUGCAAAAUCUCUUAGUAAAGCUUUGAAAAGUGAAAAUUGUAAGAUUACUGAAUUAGAUCUUUCUUUUAACAAAAUAGGUGAUGAGGGUGCAAAAUCUCUUAGUGAAGCUUUGAAAAGUGAGAAUUGUAAGUCCACUGACUUGAAUCUUAGUGGUAACAAUUUGGGUGAUGAGGGUGCAAAUUCUCUUAGCAAAGCUUUGAAAAGUGAGAAUUGUAAACUUACUAGUUUAAAUCUUGAAAGCAACCAAAUAGGAGAAGAAGGGGCAAAAUCUCUUAGUGAAGCUUUGAAAAGUGAGAAUUGUAAGCUUACUGAAUUGGAUCUUUCUUUUAACAAAAUAGGUGAUGAGGGUGCAAAAUCUCUUAGUGAAGCUUUGAAAAGUGAGAAUAGUAAGCUUACUAAAUUGACUAUUUUUCACAACAAUAUAGGUGAGGAAGGUGCAAAAUCUCUUGGUGAAGCUUUGAAAAGUAAGGGUGCAAAAUCUCUUAGUGAUGAGGGUGCAAAAUCUCUUAGUGAAGCUUUGAAAAGUGAAAAUUGUAAACUUACUAGUUUAAAUCUUAGUAGCAACCAAAUAGGAGAAGAAGGGGCAAAAUAUCUUAGUGAAGCUUUGAAAAGUGAGAAUUGUAAUCUUACAAAAUUGGAUCUUAAUUAUAACAAUAUAGGUGAUGAGGGUGCAAAAUCUCUUAGUGAAGCUUUGAAAAGUGAGAAUUGUAAACUUACUAAAUUGUCUCUUAAUAUUAACAAUAUAGGUGAUGAAGGUGCAAAAUCUCUUAGUGAAGCUUUGAAAAGUGAAAAUUGUAAGCUUACUGAAUUAGACCUUUCUUUUAACAAAAUAGGUGAUGAGGGUGCAAAAUCUCUUAGUGAAGUUUUGAAAAGUGAGAAUUGUAAAGAUAUUAAACUGGAUAUUGCUAAAAAUAAAAUAACAAAGUAA